AUGGCUGACAGAGGAGCAACACCAAUGCUCAUCAAAGCUCUCAUAUUGGCAGUGCUUUACACAUUUGCACCGUGCUCUGGAGCAAAUGUUAAAAUCGGUGUCCCAGAAAACUAUGACGGUAUUUUCCCAUGGUAUCUAGCCAAGCUCCACAGCCUGCCAGUGAAUUACAGUGACCUGGUGGUGACAGGAGAUGAUGAGGGGAUAUUUGGAGUUGAUGCUCAGUUUCUGUACGCUCUAAAACCACUGGACAGAGAGAAACAGCCGUCUUACUCUCUGCAGGUGUCCUUCAGAACAUCAGUGCAUCGUCAGAGCUUCACUGUGGAAGUCUGUGUCAUCGACAAGAAUGACAAUGUGCCUGUUUUCAUAGAGGAGAGCAUGAGAGGCAGCGUGCAGCUUGGGCUUCUCAAAGGAAUCCCAUUCAUGCAGGUGGAGGCUCUAGAUCGUGAUGACCGCAACACUGCCCACGCUGAGCUGCGGUUCAGCCUGAUGGAACAGACGCCCAGGAUUCCCUCCAGUCAAAUGUUCUUCAUCGAGUCCAUUACCGGAGAAGUUUCCCUCACUGAGGAAGGAGCCUCUACUUUGGAUCCGGAGAUGUGCGGCCGUUACAAACUGGCAGUGAUGGUGAAGGACAUGGCCGGGAAGGCAAACGCUUUCUUCACCACCGGCAUUGUAACUGUUGAAGUGACUGGAAACACGUGGGCAUCACCCGACCCUGUGAGACUCCAGGAGAAUCUCCCUGGCCCUUAUCCUAUCCCCAUCUCACAGGUCAAAUGGAGUGGGAGUCAGGCAGAAUAUAGUCUGGAGGGGGAGUUUCCAGAGAUGCUCUUCACCAUCAGCAGAGAAGGAGUAAUUUAUCUCAAUGCCCCACUGGACAGAGAGACACAAGACCAGUUCCAAAUCAGCAUCGUGGUUGAGCGUCCAGAUGGCAGAGAGAUUGCCAAGUCUGUGGAGCUGCGGGUGAUGGUGGGUGACGCCAAUGACAACAGACCCACCUUCCCUCAGGCACAGUACCACACUGUGGUGAAGGAACUGGCUGCUCGAGGGACAGAAAUUUUGACAGUGCAGGCGGCUGACAAUGACGAUCCCAAGACCGACAACGUGCGGAUCUUCUACCGAUUAAUUGGACAGAUCCCAGAGAGUCCUCGUGCCCUCUUCAGAGUGGACCGCGACUCAGGGGUCAUCUCCGUCCAAGCAGACAGCAUGGAGGGCACGGCACCACAGUACACCCUGACCAUCACUGCUGAAGAUGCCAAAGGUCUGAACAGUUCAUGCACCGUGGUUGUGACAGUGCAAGAUGAGAACAACAACCCGCCUGUCUUCUCCCAGCACGAGUAUGGACCCUUUCACAUCCCAGAGGACGCUCUGGUGGGCACCACGGUAACAGCUGUGCUGGCAGGGGAUGCAGAUGUUCGAGGCGGAGACAGCUGGCAGGUGGACUACCGUUUGGAGUCUGGAAACGAGGAGGAGGUCUUUAUGUUGGUGACGGACAAGCAGACCAAUGAGGUGUCGCUUGUGCUCUCAAAGGUAUUGGACUUUGAGCGUGAGAGUGAAUACAUCUUGGUGCUUAGUGCACAGAAUCCUGUUGCUCUGGUCCGCGGUCGAUACGGACCUGCAUCCACAGCAACGGUGUCUAUCUAUGUCGAUGAUGUGAACGAGGGUCCCAUCCUGUCUCAGAGCCAUUAUGAGGUGACCGUCAGAGAGGGGGAGGAACCAGGAAGAGUUAUAGCCACCAUCCGAGGUUAUGACCCCGAUUCUCACCCAAUAAGAUAUUCUCUUCAAGGGGACACCAAGAAAUACUUUUCAAUAGGAAAGUAUUCUGGUGAACUGAAGACUGUGCAGGCCUUGGACAGAGAGGAGAACAGCACGUACACCAUGGAGGUCAUUGCAGUGGAUGGACGAAAUUCUUCCUUGUCUGCAUCCACUCUGGUGACUGUCCAGAUCCUAGACGUGAAUGAUAACAGCCCAGUGCUGGUUGGAGAUUAUUCCUGGAAGUACCUGUGCACACCUCGCUGGGAGGACCAAGCUUUGGUGCUGGCUUCACGGGACAGCGAUGGACCACAGCACGGGGGGCGGCUUAAUUUCUCCCUCCGCAGUGACGCCGCAGUUCGACGUAACUGGAAGCUAACGCCUAUUAAUGGUGAGGUGAAUGCAUACAAGGUGAACCCAGUCACCCCACAGCACACAGUAAAAGCUCUAUUAUUCAGAGAGAUGAGGAAAAUAAGGUAA